AGCGAGAGAGGCUGAGUGACACAGAGGCACACACACGCGAGAGAGAGAGAAAGAGAGAGAGAGAGGGAGAGAGAGCAACUGUGUGACAGAGGGAGAGAGGGAACGAGGCGAGCUGCUCAGAGUGAACGAACUAAGGAAGGAAUAAAGCAACACAUUUUUACAAGAGCAGGAAGAGGGAGGAUCGCAGACGAGGGACUCCUGCUCUCUGGACACCUGGGACUCUGUCACUGUGGCUUUUUUUUCCACUCCAUCCUCCAGCUGGAACCCGUGGAUUGUCCGUUCAUCCGAUUGGUGGAUCUGUUUUUUCGUUUCCUCAACAACAACAAAAAAGAACAAUUCUAUACGUGAAUCAUUUGUUAAGAAACUGGGAUCAUUUCUGCAGCCAGCCAGCUGCACUGACCAAUCAGAUCUUCACGGACUGAGAUUUGAGAUUUUUUUUCCGCCGCCUCUGCUUGUGCCUGCGAUUCUGCUCCGUGCACAAAGUGCAUCUGUCGGCAGCCGGUGCUGAGGAUAUCGCUCCCCUUCUGUCAAACAGGACGGCACGCAGCUCCUGCCGGAUCAGACUACACACACGAGAGAGAGAGAGAGAGAGAGAGAGAGAGUGUGUGUGUGUAUAUGUCAGGCAGCGAAAAGAAGAGAGUCACAUUCACAGUGUGCUCCAGGAAGAGAGAGAGCGAGAGAGUGAGAGAGAGAGAGAGGCAGAUUAAAGCUCCGGCAAAAAGACUGGAGUGAAAGAGCUUAAAUUGAGAAGUGAACAUCUCCCGCUUUCCUUGCCAUCCCUUUCUUCCUCCUCUUCCUUCUCCUCCUCCUCCUCCUCCUCCUUCUCCUCCUCCUUUUAUCCAAUCUUCCAACAUUUGCAGGACUGCCGGAGCUACUGCCACCUGCGCUGCUUCACGUCUCCUCCGUCCUCCUCCUUCUUCUCCUUCCUCCUCUACCUCACCCUCACUGUCCAGCACCACAGACGCCACCGCCGCUGCUGCUGCUCUCACUCCGCGCGCUUGUGGGAAAUAUUAUAAUUGAUCCAGCUGUAAGAGAGCAUCAGAGACACACACACACACACACACACACUCUGAGGCUCCGGACUGUUCAUCAGAAGCUCCCACCAGCCGCUGCUCCUGCUUCCCACGCUUCUCCUUGGAGGACUGGCCAGCUGGACUCACACUGGUGCGAAGAGUCAAGACAGGACUUGGACAUCUUUCCCCCUUUUGUCCCACUGCUUGCUACUUGGCAGCUCCCGGCCCCGUGUCACCAUUCCCUGCCUCAGUGCUAAGGAUUCCAGCUACAUGGGCAAGCGAUUGGAGCAGCAGCCAAUGUACCCUCAGUACACCUACUACUACCCCCACUAUCUCCAGACCAAGCAGCCCUAUGCUCCACCCCCUCAUCCAAUGGCUCCUCCCAGCCCGAGCACCAACAGCUGCAGCCAGGGAGGGGCGGAGCAGCUGAGUAAGACCAACCUUUAUAUCAGAGGCCUACCACCUGGGACCACCGACCAGGACCUCAUCAAACUCUGCCAACCGUAUGGAAAAAUAGUGUCAACCAAGGCCAUUCUGGACAAGAACACCAACCAGUGCAAAGGCUACGGCUUUGUGGAUUUUGACAGCCCAGCUGCAGCACAGAAGGCCGUGUCAUCUCUCAAAGCCACUGGAGUGCAAGCCCAAAUGGCCAAGCAACAAGAGCAGGACCCCACCAACCUGUACAUCUCCAACCUGCCCGUGUCUAUGGACGAGCAGGAGCUGGAGAACAUGCUGAAACCUCUGGGUCACGUCAUCUCCACCAGGAUACUGAGAGACGCCAACGGGGUCAGCAGAGGAGUCGGCUUCGCCAGGAUGGAGUCCACAGAGAAAUGUGAAGUAGUCAUACAGCAUUUCAACGGCAAAUACCUGAAAACUCCACCAGGCAUUCCAGCUCCUACAGAGCCUUUGCUGUGCAAGUUUGCAGACGGAGGCCAGAAGAAACGCCAGAGCCAGAGCAAGUACCCUCAGAACGGACGGCCGUGGCACAGAGAAGGCGAGACUGGCAUGGCGUUAACAUAUGAUCCCACUGCAAUGCAGAACGGAUUCUACACCUCGCCUUACAGCAUCGCCACCAACCGAAUGAUCGCACAGACCUCCAUCACGCCCUUCAUCGCUGCUUCCCCCGUUUCCACAUAUCAGGUCCAGAGUACGUCAUGGAUGCCUCAUCAACAAUAUGUUAUGCAACCAACAGGUGCAGUGAUCACGCCAGCCAUGGACCACACUAUGUCCAUGCAGCCAGCCAGUAUGAUGGGCCCUCUCACUCAGCAGAUGAACCAUCUGUCCCUGGGCACUACAGGAAGUUACAUGACUGCUGCAGCCGCCGCGGCGCCUAUGCAAGGGACCUACAUUCCCCAGUACACUGCUGUGCCUCCAACAGCCGUCUCUGUCGAGGGAGUGGUGACAGACGCCUCCCCCCAGUCUGUGGCUCCCUCAUCACAGGAGGUGACUGGUCAGCAGCAACAGAUGCAGGUGGACACUGCUGCGGACCACGUUUCUGCUUACUCCUACCAGUCCAAAUAGCAACGGCCUGAGCGAAUGUUCCUGUGACAGCGUUGCCUUGAGACAGAAGGUGGCUGCACUGUGAAUGUGAGGAGGGAAAAAAGAGAGAAUAGAAGGAGAUUGCUUCCAGAUUUGCGCAGGCACCAAAAAAAGAGACACUUUUUUCAUUUCCUACCUGGCCUACGAGAAAAGAAACAAAACACAGACACACACACAGACACACGGAGGGAAGAGGCAAGAAGGAAUGGAUGGAUGGAUAAAAAAAAUUGCAGGGCACAGUGCAACAAGGAGUGAAGUGGUUUAAGUCUGGGAACCUGCCUGAAGGACUGAGGUGAAGCUUGAAAAGUUUCUCACAGAAAAUCUUCUUCUACCGGUUUUAAAAAAAAAAGAGAGAUAAAAAAAAUGUUAAAAAGUUUUUAAAAAAAGACCAAAAAAAGGGGUUGAAUGUGCAGGUAGGUGAUGAAGUUUAUUUUGUAAUUGGAAAAAAAUAAGAAAAACAAAUGUGGGGAGUCAAGUUUGAGAUACACACAGAGAUUGUCUUCCUCAGAUAUUAAGCUACGUUUGUUUCUUCUUUUCACUCUCUUUUUUAUGUUCUAGUCUUCAAAUUUUAGUUUUCUAGAUAUAUUUGGUAAAAAAAAAAAGUUUUUCAUUUUCUUUUUUUCUUUCUUUUUAUCAAAUCUUCAUGGCCUUAAUUUGAAGGGCGCCAGAAACUUUUUAACAGAGUUAAACUCUGACAUCUGGUUAAUGUUGGGGUGAGAAAAAAAAUAAAAUGACAAAAACAAAAAAAAAAAAGAAAAAAAAGAAGAGAAAAAAAGAGAAGAAUCUAUCACAUAAGCUGUACAGAUUUAAUAGAGAAGAGCUUUUCUUUCUUUUCUUCAUUAGAAGAAAAAAAACUUUGAUAAUAAUUAUGUCAGAGGUAAUUAAUUAUGUGUCAGAAGAAAACAAAAAAAUGUCUGUUUGUUUGUUGGGAUGAAAAAGAAAAAGAAAACUGACUUUGGGAGCGGGGAGGGGGAGAAGACCAAGCUCUGAAGAGAUUUUUCACAAUGAGUUAAAAACAAAAUUAUGAAAA